AUGUCUAUACAAUUUGAAUAUAUUGAUGGAAGACGAUAUCAAACAAGCAUGCCGUACUUUGCUCCUGUCGAUGAGGCUGAAAUCGUAAGACAAGAUUUGGAGGAUACAAUGUUGAGGUUAUGGUGGGGUAAUAGCUUUGGGUCACCCGUGGCAGAAAGGCUCAAUGGAGAGGGCACGAAGGUGUUGGACGUAGGAUGUGGAGCUGGUUCCUGGAUGUGUGAUCUGGCAAUCCGAUACCCAAAAACUCUCUUUGUUGGUCUGGACAUUUCUCCCAUGUUCCCAAGAGAUAAUCCGACAAAUGCCGCGUUCUUAGAAUGGAACAUAUUAGAAAAGAUGCCAUUCCCGGAUAGCACAUUUGAUUUCGUACAUCAGCGAAUGCUCUCGGGAGGAAUAACACAAAAGCAGUGGGAAAAUUAUAUAGUCAUGGAACUAGUGCGAAUAACCAAACCGAAUGGAUAUGUCGAAUUUGUAGAAGCGGAUUCAACGUUCUAUAGUUCUGGGAAAGUCACAAGAAGAAUCUCCAACGCCUGCAAGUAUAAUUCAUUAAAACGGCAUACAGAGUCGAAAGGUCAGUGUGGAUUCAUUGGAACACAUAUUAAAGGAAUUUUGGAGAAUACCCAACAAGUGACAAACAUAACCCACGACGUAAAGGACAUAGUGCUAGGGAAUAGAGCAGGGAAGAGCGGAGAAAUGGCUCUCCAAAAUAUAGUAGAGAUGUUGAAAUCAAUACGUCCCGCUCUCUCCAAGUCCAUGGAGAUCACCAACAACCACUUUGAUGCGCUUGUCGAGACGUUCAUGCGGGAAACAAACGUAUACGAGACAAUAUGGCGAGUACAUCGAGUGUACGCUUGUAAAAUUGAUGCACCUGUAUAG